ACCCUGAAAGCCUAGGCAGAAGGAUGGCUAGUGAGGUUUAGGUUAUGUUGAGCCCUACCUUUGUUCUGUGGGAUGUUGGAUAUCCCUUAUACACUUAUGGCUCCAUCAUCAUUAUUGCAUUAAUUAUUUGGCAAGUGAAAAAGAGCUGCCAAGGAUUAAGGUUGGCACCUAACAGGAGCUGUUGCUGGUAUCACUGGAGAGUCAAACAAAGGGUUAAAGAAAGAUCAUCAAGAGAUAGAUGUUCCCAGGAAGCAGCUGAGAAGAGGGAGCUGCUGUCUUUCAUGAAUAGCCAGGGCUGGCUGCCUCAGGAGGGAAGCGUGCGGCGGCUCCUGUGUGCAGAUCCCUCGUGCCCCAUCUGCAAUGCUGUGGCUCUGGAGAUCCGGCAGUUGCUGAGCCAGGGCUCCCCACCCUGGGACCUCGGGCAGGGAUUUCAAGUGCCAGACGUGUCGUGGGACACGGGAGCUCUGUCUUCUUCAAGCCUUGAGGAGCCUGGGACUCCUGUGCAGCAGCAGGACAAGAGGAAGAGCGGCUCUGGAUGUGUCCUGGAGAGACGAGAAGCUGCAGAAGCUGGCUUGGGAAAUAAGAUGAAGCACUUUCCACACUGGAUUAACCCUGAGUUGAAAGGUCAAGGGCAUAAGGAAUCCAUUCUCCUCUUGAAGGAUGAGACAGUGGCGAAAACCAUGACAAAAAAGGUUGAGAAGAAUCCAUCCCCCACCGAAGACCUGGUGAGGAGAGCUAAGUUGGCGAAGACAACAGCGGAGGAGGGCCUGACCUUCUUUGAUGCCCCCCAGUGCCGAGACAAUGAGCUACAGCAACAUUUCCUUCAGUCCAGCCACUCUCAGUCCCUGUGCCUUUCCCGCAACAGCUCCAAGCACUGUCCUCAGCUGACUUGUGCCGCUCAACCAGAAAAUCCAUCCCAGGUCUCAACUCUCACCUCAGCAGAAGGAAUUGGCCUAUACAAGGAGAAUUCUCAUUCCAGGAAAAGGGAGUUCAGAGGUUCUCAAACCUCUGCAUCCCCCUGA